AUGUCGGCCGAGGCAGACGUCAAGCUCAAUGACUUCAAGAACAUCUUCUCGCUCGCGGGCAAAGUAGCAGUCAUCACCGGCGGCUCACGCGGACUCGGUCUCCAUGCUGCAUCUGGCCUCGCCCAGGCCGGCUGCUCCAAGAUCUUCAUCACCUCCCGCAAAGCCAAAGCCUGCGAAGAAGCCGUCGCCGCCCUCAACGCCCUGCCCGGAAACUGCCAGGCCAUCUCCGUCCCUGCAGACAUCGCAGAGGCUGGUGAAGUUGAGAGACUAGUCAAAGAGGUGGAGAAGCACACCGAUCAUGUCGACAUCCUGUUCGCGAACGCUGGAGCCACAUGGGGAGAAGAGUUCGACAAGCACCCCGAGAGCGCGUUCCAGAAGGUCAUGGAUCUGAACGUGAAGAGUGUCUUCGUUUCUUCGCAGAAAUUCGCACCCCUCCUCCGAAAGCGCGGCACAAUCGAGGACCCCUCCCGUAUCAUCGUCACAGCCUCCAUCGCAGGUAUCGGCGUCGGCACGCUCGGCAAGCAAGGCACCUUCGGCUACUCCGCCUCCAAAGCAGCAGCGCUGCAUCUAUCCCGCAACCUCGCUCUGGAGCUCGGUCCCCAGGGUAUUCUCGUCAACAACUUGGCACCAGGUUUCUUCCCGACCAAGAUGGCGAACGGCUUGAUGGAGAUGAGUGGUGGGAUCGAGAAGCUGGCAAACUUCAGUCCGAACAAGAGGUUGGGCCACCCUGAGGAUGUGGCGGCGGCUGUGGUGUACUUGUGCAGCAGGGGAGGGUCGCAUAUCAAUGGAGGGACUCUGGUGUUGGAUGGAGGCAGCGUGUUGCAGGCGAAGCUAUAA